AUGGAAAACCAGCGGUGCGAGUGCUUCAACUGCCUGAUGAGGAUGGUGUCGCAGUACAAUUUGCAGCACCCGGGUCAAGAGGUGCCACUUCCAGGUACACCAUCACCGCGGCCCAGGUCUUCAACGCCUCCGCGGUACUUGUGGCACCGGCCAGAGACUCCACCACCCUAUGUGGUGCUGGGGACGCCACCUGAGUCGCGAGAGGCAUCACCGACACCAUCACCGCGGCCCAGGUCUCCAAAGCCUCCGCGGUACUUGUGGCACCGGCCAGAGACGCCACCACCCUAUGUGGUGCUGGGGACGCCACCUGAGUCGCGAGAGGUAUCACCGACGCCAUCACCGCGACUGAGGUCUCCAACGCCUCCGAGGUACCCGUGGCAGCGGCCAGAGACACCACCUCCACCAGAGGAUCAGCGAACAGCGUCACCUCGGGCGCCGACACCUCCACAUGGAGGUCGUCGAGAGCGACGUCGCCGCCGUCCACGCGUCGUUAUUAAAAUUAUUGUAAUUUAG